AAAGCGACGCAGGGAAGGGACCCGAAGGCCGAAGGAGGAAUGUGGGCCGAAUUGUUUUACUUGAUAGCUCGUGCAACCUUAAAUUUGGUGACGUGCGACAGCUCGUUUGGGUAAACGGACACGCGGGACCGAGCCAUGGAUUCCGAUGCUGAGGUCGAGAGAGCCUUGCAGCUGACAGACGGGAGGCACACUACCGGCGGGACGCAGCGGCCUCCUUCCAGCUAUGGCUCCAUGAGGAGCGACGACGUAGAGGCGGACUCGGCAGGUGUCCUGGCGUUACCCGAAACACCCUCCGGUUGCGUCACCGGGCUACAGCUGGUGGGCAUAGAGUCACCGGAGACCAUCUACACUUUAACCACACAGCACUCUAAAAACGAGGAGGCCUGCAUCAUAGAAACCUGGUCACUUAGUGAUCCAGAGGAUUUGGAGGAAAUAGAGGAGGAGGAUGAUGACAUUGUGGUGGCAGACUCACCAGAGCCGCCACCUCCUUUGGAAUCAGAGGAAUUAAUUCAGACUGAGGAUGAAGACUGCCAGCCAGGCAGGCCACAUCCAGAGCAGGACUUGUCCUAUAUAUUCAAGAGCAUUCAGAGUGUUUUGUCUGUGCUGUCCAAGGAAGACCUGACCAUCUUUAUAAGGGACCUGUAUCGGGCUCAUAAAAAACUUUCCUCUGCGUCGCUGCUUGAUUGUGACGUCCUUGACCUGGUGGACAAGAUGAUCGAGGUCCUUGGUCUAGAUAACGCCGUAAGGACGGCUAUCAGUACUUUACAGGGCCUCCAAAAGACAUCGGAGGCAAACGAGCUGAAGGAGAAAUGCAGCAGAGGGGUGAUCCGCUUUCACAUGAAACAGUACCUCAUCAGAAAACACCAAUACCUCUAUGAAGGGGUUACCCGGCAUGGGAGGCACAACCUAUUUGACGCCAUCUAUGUUGAGCCCCAGAUCUCAACGUGUGGUCAUGGAGGAGUCGAUCCCUACCACGAGCUCCGACUGCAACCGCCUAUGCCUUGCCAGGUCCCCAGCCCGGACAGCUUUGUAGGGGUGAACAAUCUGUUCCAUUUGAAGAAAGAUAACAGCCAGCGGGUCAGGACAGUGUUGACCACCGGGAUCCCAGGGAUCGGCUUGUCUGUUGUCACAGCAAAAUUCUGCCGGGAUUGGGCACAGGACCGCUUCAAUAGGGACAUGCAGUUUGUGAUCCCCCUCUCUUUCAGUAACCUCUGGAUUCUCCAAAAUUAUCACCUUCCACCCUCAAAGAAGAUGUCCCUUAUGGAAGUAAUACAGUAUUAUUAUGUGGUGUUCUGUGGCACGAAAUAUCUUGAGGAGCCUGACUGCAGAUGUCUCAUCAUAAUGGAUAGCUAUGACUGUUACCAAGAUGCACUAGACUGGAAGAGUACUCCCAUCAUAACAGACAUCUACACCCCGGUACCUCUAGACACACUGAUUGUAAAUCUUAUCCGAGGUAACCUGCUCCCUGCUGCCCACAUAUGGAUCCUGGGGAGAAGAGCGGCUGUCUCAGAUAUACCAGCUGAGCUUAUAGAUGUUGUCACAGAAAUACAGGGCUACAGUGAUGAGAUGAAGGACAAUUUCUUGACCCAGCGCUUUGAUGAUAAGGAGUUAGCCGCAAAGAUUGUGGCCCACUAUAGAUGCACGCCUUCUCUUAAAAUGCUUUGCCGUCAGCCGCUUGUCUGCUGGAUGGCUGCUACGUUGUUUGAGCGGUUCUACCAAGACCCAGGCUAUGGGCAAAACCCACCCAAGCUGACACCUUUCUACAUCCACUUCUUGGUCAUCCAGACAAACCGCAAGCUGUGUCACUACUAUGGACAGCAGGAAAACAAUGUGAAAUGGUCAGAUGAGGACAGGUGUAUAUUGACGAAGAUGGGAAAGAUGGCCCUGAAGAUGCUGGAGAAGAAUACGAAUGUGUUCUCUGAGGAGGACGUGGAGGAGGUGGGUUUAGGAUUGAAGGAGGUGACUGUGUUCUCUGGCCUGUGCACCGAGCUCCCCACCGUGGCCUCGCAUCAGAGGGAGUUCUGCUUCAUACACUUCACCUAUCAGGAGUUUAUGGCUGCUGUCUACAUCUUUACAAUGUUCCGCCUGGAAGGGAAGAAUGUCCUGGAGCAUCACAAGAAGUCUAUCUCCAGACUUCACAUGGCCAAAGAUGAGUCUAGGUUGGCGGUGAUGUUCACCAGUGCAUUGAAGCGGACCCUCAGCUCCCCGUUUGGUCAAUAUGACAUGACCCUUCGCUUCCUGAGCGGUAUGCUUUCCCCGCUCAACCACAUCCAGCUCCUGAGGUCGUUUCUCUUUGAACACAGUGCCGUGCAGGUGAGCGGGCAGGAGGAGGUGGAGAGGCUACUGGAGAAGAAGAUACAGAGUGCCCCAGUAGAGAGGGUAGACAACCUGAAGGAGUGCCUCAGAGAACUGACCCAGAAAGAUAUCUAAAAUUCGGGACUGAGUUGCCAGAGAUGAGAGUUACUGAUAAAAGUUUGUUGUGCUCUGCUACUGCUAAGGAAGUUCUUCUUCUGUCGGCUUGUUCCCUCUUUUUCAGGGAUCACCACAGCAGAUUUUAUAAUUUCCAUCGGCACCUUAUGAGGGCACAGCGCUAAUGGCAGGCCUCGGCCGAUCCAGUAUGGUCUUGUCAAGCCAUACUGAUUUGGCAAAAUUUUACGUCAGAUGCUCUUCCUGACACAACCACUAACCCUAGGGACAGGGGCACAGGUAAACCGCUCAAUGACAUUCCAGCAUUCAUGGACUUGCGCCCAUGCCUGUCGCCUAACUACUGCUAAGGAAGUUACCAUGGAAUAUGGAUAACUCUGUGAUGGAAAUGAGACAUCUUUUUUUUUUCUCUCCAAUUGUAUUCGGCCAAUUACCCCACUCUUCCGAGCCAUCCCAGUCGCUGCUCCACCCCCUCUGCUGACCCGGGGAGGGCUGCAGACUACCACAUGCCUCCACCGAUACAUGUGGAGCCGCCAGCCGCUUCUUUUCACCUGACAGUGAGGAGUUUCACCAGGGGGACAUAGCAUGUGGUAGGAUCACACUAUCCCCCCCCCCAAAUAGGUGCCCCGACCGACCGACCGACCAGAGGGGGCGCUAGUGCAGCAACCAGGAAACAUACCCACAUCCGGCUUCCCACCCGCAGACACGGCCAAUUGUGUCUGUAGGGACGCCCGACCAAGCCGGAGGCAACAUGGGGAUUCGAUCUGAUGAUCUCCGUGUUGGUAGGUAACGGAAUAGACCGCCACGCCACCUGGAUGCCCCGAAAUGAGACAUCUUUGAGUUGCAUGAAGUAGAUGAGAUUAAAAAUGUUGGAGUUACAGAAUUAAGAUGGAGAGAAAGGACACCCGUGUUAUCAUGAAAACUUCCCCUGUGCAACAAAACAAACGACAACAACAACAAAAAAGACGAUUCUACCACAGAGGCUGUGAGUGGACAUAGACUCAAAAAUGCCGGAAAUUUUCAAAUUAACUUCAACUGACUUGUUCAGUUAAAUGAAGUCUUUGCAAAAGUACCAAAAUGUGUGAUAAGACUUCAACAGGGUGCAAAAGUAAAAUAAGACUAUGCUAUUCCCCAAAUUCUAAAAACACUGGAACAAAGAGAAUCAAGUUUUUAUGAAUCAGUGCCCAUUUGAUUAUUGACGAGGUGUGGGAUGAGGUGAUGGACCUUCUGGUUGGAUGCCAUGUUUGGCAGGAGUAGAGUUUCUAUUCUUUUGCUCUACUUGUGGUGACCAGGGGUGUGAACCACAGGGGAAAAAACACUCUGAAAACAUGAUUUUUGAAAUUUUGAGUGGGUGGGGGUUUGUCUCUUCAAUAUUGAUUCCCAAGUUGUUUUUGCCACACUUUUGCUGUGUGCAUUUCUAUAUUGUUUUCCAAAGCAAAAAUAGAAAAUAAAAGUCAUGUUUAACAUGCAUGCUUGAAUUAAAAGCAUCUGAGGCUAAUUCGUCACUCAUUCACUAUAAAGAUCCAGCUGUGCUUCUCCUCCCAACACUAUCCUAACAUGACGGUGCAGUAACAAACUGCAUGAGAGAAGAAUUUCCUUAUUGCCGUGUGGCCUUUGCUUUUGACCUGUUGGUUUCUUGUUUGCUGGGAAUUUUUUUGUGUUCUAUUCUAUUUGGCCGUGUUGUGUCCCGGUAUUAUUCCAUUUGAUGUGCCCUUUUCAUUUUUCCAUUCGCUUACAUGGAAAUAUUUAUACACCACACAUGUAUAGAUAAAAUACCUAAAUUUAAAAUCUCAUUAAAACAUUCUUCAUGGCAAUAACUACUUACAAGUAUAUCUGAAAUACGUGACAAGAGAACGUACUAGUUUGUCAGUGCAAUGUGCUGGUAGCUGCCUACACUGAAAGUCAACCGGUGUCCGUUGGCUAAGGAGAUGCAGAUGUUUAGCUGCUGUGUGUCUCGGUAGGAGGCAUAAUCUUGAAAAAACAAAACAAUUGAAGCCCAGUGUUAUCCAGCCACUUGGAAUCACCUGAGGUUUCUGUUUAAAACCUGAUGAUUGUGUCUUCUCUUUCCUUUAAAAGACGGAUAGAGCUCGAUUGCCUCUGCUGUGUGUCACUGUGAAUGAUGGACAACCAAAUAAUAAUGACGCUGCAUUUUCUUGUCAUACUUGUCUCAAUAAAAUGAAAGAAGUAACACUGCUUCACACUUUUGGAUCAGCUCUGUUUGCUAAUUGUGAGUCUGCAUCAAAAGUUGUUUAACUACUAACAAGAAGAAAUCGAGGGGUAUUUUCUGAAUUAUUCACCUUAAUUCUGAAAAUUGUGUUGCUUGUUUAGCACAUUACUUACCGUGUAGGCUUAGUUGACAUGGAGCAAACUGUUUGAUGUACUUGAAUUAACGUUCUUAUAACAUUAUUUAACUGGUGGUUUAUUUAUUUAUUGUUUUUUUAUUAUUGGGGAUUUUUUUCUCGUUUUCUCAGUAUUUCAUUGCUGUCACCGUUCUUUUUCUAAUGGGACACCGUUAUUACAUGCUUUUAUUGUCUGGGCUUCUUUUUGCUUGUUUUUGGCAUUUUUAUUGCUUUAAUUCCUUUGCUUACACACACACACACACACACACACACACACACACACACACACACACACACACACACACACACGCACACACACAAUUUAAUUUCAUUUUUCCACUAUUUUUCUUAUUUUUAUUUCAUUUUUAAUUUCCAUCAUUACUAUUAAAAACUUUUUUUUACCCAUUGACAAGAUAAACGAGUAAGGCAUACUCUGAUGUGUAAAAAAAGGUUUAUUAACGACACUGUAUAGAUUGAGAAUCGGAGAGGGGGCAGGAUAUUAUAAGUAGAAACUUCCUUCUGCUCCUUUUCACACAUGUAACGUUUGCUUGUUUGCUGUGUUUGAAAUAAAGACCUACCUACCUACAUAACUUUAAUAAUUAUUUGGAAAGCAUAUGCAUACCCUUGGCCCUUUGAGUUUCAGUUGUUUGUCUUUAUUGUUAAGUGGUUCAGUAUUAAACAUGUUUCAGCCGAUAUUUGAACGGCGAGCCAUAUCUGAAAUAUUGGAUUACAUGGAUAAAGUCUUCCCGCCUGCAUGCCGCGCGAUGACUGCUGGGAUAGGCUCCAGCAUCCCCGCGACCCUGAGAGCAGGAUAAGCAAUUCGGAUGAUGGAUGGAUGGAUGGAUGGAUGGAUAUAGUCUUUAUUUGAGCAACGAUAGUGUCUUA